CAUUGUCGGCGCAGACGCCGUGGCAGCGCUUAUUGAUCGUGGCUCUGUGGUGCUCGGUGUCCCUGCACGCGUCAUGCGUCGUCGUCUUUCGCGACGUAGCGACGGUGCCGGGCAGUAAGGUUCACUCGUGUUCCGUCUCGUCCGCCAGUACGAGGUAGCCAAUAACGACGGUGCUAGUGCCAGCAGACGUGUGUACUUUCGAGUCGCAGUGCGCGCAGUUCGCUCGAUGGUUUUAAAGAUAAACGGGAUGCGAUCGAGAAACGCGGCGAUCGUAACCUGAGUCGCACAGCCGCCUGGUCCAGCCGCUGGAAAACGGAAUUCGUUGUCGGCGAAAACGAAUCGAAGAUCGGAAAGUUGCCACUGUUAGCAGGUGGUUCUCGAACGAUAUCGCGAUCGUCCUUUUUACGUCGAGUGAAAGUGAUCGGCGGUGAAGCGUUCUCGAGUUGGCCGGAAGCUCAACCGACAGGUGCGUUCGUAGAGGCUCGCUCUGUAUCGCGGGCAGUCGGUGCUCUGUAUUGAUUGGUUCAGCCGCGAGCACCAACCAUUGCUCGACCAAUCACGUUCGCGUACGGGCUAGGCGGCUUUUCCGCGAUUCCGGCGCCGAUCGACUUCGUUACGGCAGGCCGCGAACCUCUCUUGCAACUCGAGGACAACGAAUCUAACAAGGAAACAUGAAUAUGCUGGACCACGGCAACGUCCGCUACUUCACGGACGAGGAGACCGAUCACAAUAUGCUCGAGGACUUACAAUUGGCAGCAGAACUCGGUAAAACACUUCUAGAGCGGAAUAAGGAAUUAGAAAAUAUCAUCAAAGCACACCAAUCCACCGUCGAAGAACAAGCACAAGAAAUAGAGUAUAUGAAAAAACAAACGGCAGCCUUGAGGGAAGUAAAUGAUUCACGAUUAAAAGUUUAUGAACAACUUGAAGUUAGUAUUCAAGAUUUGGAACGCGCGAAUCAUCGUCUUAUUAUUGAAAACAGCAGUGACAAAAAAUUAAUCAAGAGUCAAUGUUUGACGAUCGAGAACCUCGAAGCCCGGUGUGAAGAUCUUCAGAAGAAAAUCGACGAAGCCUACAGUUCAAAACAGACUGUGAGCCAAUCGACGAACACUGCACAAACACAGACCGUUCUAUGGAAAGCUUCGGUCACGCAGGGUGGCAGCAUACAACAGAACGCUGCCCUAUCUGGCCAAAAAUCUUUCCAGGAGACAAGUGUAGACUCAGAUGUUCGACAACUGUCAACGGUUAUGACAAAUGACGAAGAAAUUACUGAAUUAUUGAGACAAUUGCAAGAAACACGAAGUCAAAGAGCAAGAGAACAAAAGAAAAUCGACGAUCUUGGACAACAAUUAACAACCUUGUUACAAGAAAAUAAUGCAUUAGAAGAACAAUUGAAUGUAUGGCGUAGUAAAGCACAAGACGUAAAAAAUCUUCAAGAAGAAAUAAAUACCCUCGAAGAAGUAAGACGAGGUCAAUUAUGUGGACGGUGUUUACGUGGUAUGGAAUCUAAGACACACGAUGAACUCGCAGUGAUGUUGAACCAAGAAGAAUACGAUGACAUUAAUAUGGCUGAAACACUCGUUACUGAUAAUCAAUGUAACACCGAAUCUAUUGUUCAGGAGUCGAAUAAGAAAUAUGAAGUACCAAACGACUUGAACAACCCCUAUAGAGUGUUAGUGGAGAAAUAUCAAGCUUUAUUAGAAGUUCAAAGGCGUUCCGCGAACCGACGAAAGGAUAGUGUACCGACCCCGAUGUCAUUGCAAGAGGAAUUAGUAAUGUCAGGCGAGUUCAACAGCUUUCAGACUCCGACGUCGGAGACAGAAGUCCAACAAGAGCCGUCGAAACCUGUCAGUGGAAAUGCUACACGUGCCAAAACAGAAAUAUGCGGUAAGAAAGCAUUUUCCGCUACACCCACAGACUUCUCUGAAGCCGAGACUUCAUCUUCUGGCUUCUCGGACGAGACGAGCAACAAAGCGUCACAGACCGAAGGAAGGCCCGGCUCGUUCCUUUGUUCUAUUGCGGACGGUGAAGAUUGCAAAUUUAGCAUUUACGAUGAUAACAGCCCGUUCGAGAGUAGAUUCCGAAAAACACCAGAGUAUAGAUAUUUAUUUAGCGAAAUAUUCAGUGUUUUGAAACGAGCAGCAGAAGCUAAAGCUGAAGGUGAAAAAUUACCACUAUUAAACGAUUCUACGAGCACGACCACUUCUCAGGCACAAUCCUCAAUUUUUCUUCAAGAUGUUCCUAGUGAGACUACUGACGAUAAUCAGAGCAUUGUUUCUUCCGUUUUCUCCUCCACCGUUUCUGAGCCACUUUAUCGACAAAUCCCUGUUUCAUCGAAUGGGAUAAAUGAACCACAACAAAAUAAUGAAGUAACGCAUACGCAUGUAAGAACUGGAAAGAACGUAAUUCGAAACGAAAGUCUAUCGAUUAACGUUAGGAAGAAGUCAUCAAAGAAGAAUAGCAAUAGAAAAUUGACAUAUGACGAUAGACCGACAACGCCCGAUGUAAUGCCAAUAGCAAAUCCUAGGUUCGUCCCACCAAAAUCAAACAGUGGCAAGAAGAAGAAAUUUAGACCUAUUAGAAAUGGUGAUCAAAAUGGUAGCCUAUCUAAUGGAUACAAUUGCGUAAACAAAACAAAAGAGUUACCUAAUUUUGAAAAACCGUUGAAUAAUAUAAACAGUAAUACAUACACAUACAACAGCCAUGAUCAGCACAAUAACAGUUUCGAAUACAAAAACUACAAACCAAGCACAGCAUCAGAAGAAGUCGCCAGACUAAAACGUUUAGAAAUGUCUUAUGCGGAAGUUCUUCGGUUGCCAAAUAAAUCUAAAAGAAUCAAUAAUCAUAAAUGUAUGUAAUGUAUGAUGUGGAUAGAAAUAUUCUUACACACAGUAGCUUAAAGGGAAAAUAGACUUUUAUA